CCUGUCACUGACUGCUCGUGGUGAAGAACAACUACGAAUGCACUUUAUCUCUCUCUUCAAAUGCUAAAAACAGUCAGCCACGGCACAGGACUGCUCCUGAGAUCCGAGGCGCUCUUCGUGUUUUCUUGGGACAUUUGUCAGAUUCGCGUGCGUUUUGCGCAAAAAGCGCGUGGAGGGAUGGACUGCGCGGACGUGUUUAUAAUGCACUGAACCUGCGAGGAUGCGCCAGGACACCUGAUUUUCUUUAUAGUCAUCUGCGUUACUCUCAACUAUGCCGAAAAGAAAUAUUUAUUGACACAUCUGCACACCGGGAUGCAGAAGAAGAUCUCGCACCAAUUUAAACACGGAUCUCCCAUCAUAAGAAGGAGUACACUGGAUAUAUUCUUCAAAUGACCACUUUGAAUCUCCUUUAUUAUAGUAUCAUACUGUAACUCCCAACAGCCACUUUUUAAUGCGCUUUAGAUAUUGUUCGUGACAGUGAAGAUGAUCCUCUUCCGCAGAUUUCGCGUGUUGAUUUUAUUGGUCUUUCUCGUCGCGUGCACCAUGCACAUCAUGAUAGACCUAUUACCCAAGCUGGAGAAACGCGCGGCGGGACCUGGCUCCGGCGCGACAGGAGCGGGGGUCGGCUGUUCGUGCAUUCACAGCCCGCCCGAGGAUCCUCGAUCCUGGGCCAAGCAGCGCACCAGAGCCGCCGCGGCGGAACCGGAGUGGCCAAAUAAGCACUCUUUACGAUUACUGCAGGAUUUCAGCAACGAUCCCAAUUCCAACCUCAGCUCGCAUUCGAUGGAGAAGGGGACCGAGAGAGGCGAGCCUGUGAAGCAGGGCGUUGAGAAGCGAGGCUUGAUGAAGGAUGCGGCGGCUGGACCGAGGAGAGCUGUCCUGGGUUCCUCCAGACUGAAGGCGCUCUAUGCGCAUCCUCUCUAUAAGUCUGAUGUGCCUCAGCUCUCGGAUGAUGACACUUUAUUUAACCUCAACACUGACAUCAGAUUCUAUACCAGAACUACUGGAAACCAAGAAUGGCACAACGAUGGGAAUGAGGAGGAGUACAGUCCGACGGGGGAGGCCACUGCUGAGUCAUACCCCAACUGGCUUCGUUUCCACAUUGGGAUUAACCGCUACGAGCUCUACUCCAGACACAACCCCAUCAUUGAUUCCCUGCUAAAGGACCUGAUAACUCAGAAGAUCACCAGCGUGGCUAUGAAGUCAGGUGGCACUCAACUGAAGCUGAUCAUGUCAUUCCAGAACUACGGACAAGCACUGUUCAAACCCAUGAAACAAACCAGGGAGCAAGAAACACCUCCAGACUUCUUCUACUUCUCCGACUUUGAGCGACACAACGCAGAGAUCGCUGCAUUUCAUCUAGACAGAAUCUUGGAUUUCCGGAGAGUUCCACCGGUGGCCGGCCGAUUGGUGAACAUGACACGGGAGAUCCGAGACGUGACCCGUGACAAAAAGCUCUGGCGGACAUUCUUCAUAUCCCCAGCCAACAACAUCUGUUUCUACGGCGAGUGCUCUUACUACUGCUCCACAGAACAUGCCCUGUGCGGAAAGCCCGACCAGAUCGAGGGCUCCCUGGCUGCGUUUCUUCCUGACUUGGCACUAGCGAAGCGCAAGACCUGGAGGAACCCCUGGCGCCGGUCCUACCACAAACGCAAGAAAGCUGAGUGGGAAGUGGAUCCAGAUUAUUGCGAUGAAGUCAAGCAGACUCCACCCUAUGAUAGAGGAAUGCGUCUUCUGGACAUCAUGGACAUGACUAUUUUUGACUUUUUGAUGGGAAACAUGGAUCGCCAUCAUUAUGAAACUUUCGAGAAGUUUGGAAACGAAACCUUCAUCAUUCAUUUGGACAAUGGCAGGGGAUUUGGCAAACAUUCUCACGAUGAAAUGUCCAUCCUGGUCCCUUUGAUACAGUGCUGCAGAGUAAAGAAGUCAACGUAUCUCCGUCUGCAGCUGUUUGCGAAAGAAGAGUACCAGCUGAGUUCUCUGAUGGAGGAAUCUCUGCUGCAGGACCAGCUGGCGGCCGUCCUCAUCAAACCCCAUCUGGAGGCCAUGGACCGCCGCCUGCGUCUGGUGCUCAACGCACUGGCCGACUGCGUGGAAAAAGAAGGUUUCUCAUCUGUGGUUGAGGAAGACCUGGACCGACACCCCUCCUCACACCUCCCCCAGGGACACGGGAGGUAGUGAGGCCCGAACGCCCACCCUCGAUGGGUCCAACCUCCGCCAUGAGCCUUCAGCCUGACUGAGGCUUGUGCUUGAGUCACUCUGAAUUCAGUGAAUUCCAAGACUAGCCACCAAUGCCUCUGUGGACCUCUGCCACCCUUCCUAUGUGUUGACGUGCAAUACGGACGGACGGGGCUAUGCUUUUGUCGUCGGAGGAAUGCUGGGAAAACAAAGCUGUUUACUUUUAUUCUUAUUUCGCGGGGGCCAGAACUGCAGAAUGUACAUUUUGUCCCAUCCGGGUUCGUUUGACAGGCCGAUUAUUUAUUACAUUUGCGUAUUUAUCCCCCAAGAGUCAAUGGGUGUUUAGAGGACAUCAUCUGGGUAGAGAGACCAAAGCUGGAGCGGGCAAAUAGAUGACAAUUAUCGGUGUAUCUACAGUUUGUUGGAAAAGCACGUAAUAUUAUUUUCUGUUAGCUCUUUCGUGCAAGCUUUAAUGGUGGUACUUUGGUGAAAGUACUACUCCCGUGCAAGGACGCUUCAACACAUUCUCCCUGUACGUCCACAAUUUAACCUCAUUUGCCACCGACAUCAAAAAAUUCAUCGUCUGAAAUUCAUUUUGUGCAAUCAAUCCGUCGGAUUCUGUUUCAUUUGGGGUAAUUCAGAGGUGAAGUGCAUGCUUCAUCUGAGGGUAUUCAGUGCGUUUGUGGUGAAGCAGGCGUUUUAUAAGGACUCUGCGUAGAAUCGGAGAAUGAAGCUGAUUGGCCGUUCGGGCGUCUUGUGCCGGCGGUGUUUCCCGACUCAGAUGCCAUGCUGAACACACCUGCUCUCUCUUUUAAUGAGAACCUGAAGGACGGUCUGAUGCAGGCGAGGGUUGGUAACGUCAGUCAUACUUCACGCUGCACUUAUCUUCAGUCUCAUCUGUGAUUUCUGUGCUUGAUUAUGGAGUAAAGUACAGACCAGAGGGAAAGAAACAAACCAAUGGGAUUUGAUGGCGUAACAGCAGCGUGUCGUAACCACGUGAGACACCAUGAAACAUUAAGCCCUUUCUUGUAAAGCUCUCGUUUUUGUUCAAGCCAUCUGCAACAUGCGACAGGACAUAUAAUUGGUCAUUUAGUUUCCACAGAAUAGCAGAAAUUCAUUGAUCCAAACUGUCUUACAGAUAAUUCUUUUCUGCGUUUCGUUGAAAGUCAGAUGUGGGAUGUUUCUGUAUGAAGUCUCUGACUUCUGACCUGGAAAACUUGAGCUUUGCAGGUUUUUAAUUUUUAACAACUAAGAACCCACCAAUUUGGUUGCCAAGAAUGAAUAGUGCAGGUGUAAUAUAGAGAUAUAUUAAAAGUCAAAUCCAUAACUUUCAGUUAUUGAGCAAGUAUAUGAGAAAUCAGUGUUGAAAACAGUCUUAUAUCCUGGUUUACGGAAGCAAGCUUAAAAUAAUUGGAGCUGUUGGGUAAGAUUUUGUGGGAAAUGUCUACUCCAUCAAAAAUAAGUACGCAAUUUAACCUGCAAUUUCAUGUUUUGUACAUUGAUGGCUGUUAAAAAGGUGAAAGCUAGGGCCCGCUGUUAUAACAUGAUUUUGCGUUCAUUGUCGGCAGGCAUAUGUCUUACUGGUUUGAACAACAUGUAAUGAUGAUGUCAUUAUCUUUCUACCACUGUCCUGUUUUGCUUUAUUUUCACCACUAGUCAUAUGUACUUUUGGCAAAUGUUACUGUUACACUGCAUCGUGUAAAACAUGCUUUCAGCUCACAUUUUUUUUAUAUCAUGUAAACUAUGGCCAAAAGGCAAAAGUGCCUUUUAACUUUUAAUAGCAGAGGUGAAUGCCCAUCCAUUCAUAUCAUUCUAGCUUACAAGUCGGUCUCCGUCCUAAAUGAAACUUCUUCAAAGUCAGUUCAGCUCGUGUAAGAGUAUACGUACAUCGCUAUUUAUUAAGAAUAAGUACAUUGUGAGGAAAUAUUGUGGUUUUUAUGUAUAUUUUUGCCUUUGUUCAGCUUUAAAUGAAGUCCCUGUUCCUUCCAGACGUGUGGAGAUGAUGGUCCGUGUAAAGUAUACAGCUGAAUCUUUGAGACGUGUGUUCGGUGUUUAACCCCAGUGCCUGUGCAAUGCUUGAAAACUUGAAUGUUUUGGGAUUAUUGACAAGCGGACCUUUUAGCAGCCCAUGGCCUGGACUCAAGGGAUUAUGGGAUCCUCGAGGUUAUAAGCCAAACAAACUGAACACCCAUACGUCCCCCCCUGCUGUCAGUGUGUCUGUGUACAUAUCUAUAAAUACGGUACGUUGAUACAGGAAGGUUUUUUUUUGCGAAAAUAUGUUUUUAUUUUCUCUUUUAGGCAUUGUACUGUGACGAUCUGUUUGCGAAAUGAUAAAAUUGUGCAAUAAAUGAAGCUACG